UGCAUUAUCACCAUGAAUGAAAGUGGACAAUUGCGGGAGUAGCUUCGUAGAUAUGCGUAUAAGAUGGCGGUACAGCAACACUGUCUGAGUACUUAUAGAGUGCCUUGCGUUUCUUCCACCUGUCACUUCACUGCGGACUGCCCAGAUUCAGCAUGGCAGGCCAAUGUAUUGCUGCCGCGUCAUUCCUCUCGCUCAUCUUAAGCGCAGUGCACUUCGACGUGCCUACAACACCUGCGACAGCACCCGCGGAAGUCGACUUCAUUGUUGUUGGCGGUGGGUCAGCCGGUGCUGUUGUGGCCAGCCGACUGUCUGAAGUCGCUGACUGGAAGGUGUUGCUUCUUGAAGCAGGCCCCGAACAAGAACCCUCAACGUACGUACCGACUUUUUAUGGCUACACAAGAAAAGUACCAGAGUAUGAUUGGUACUUGAAAGUUGAAGAUAGUCCAAACGACCACACAGGAUUCAUCUCAAGAGCGAAGCAGUUGGGUGGCUGCAGUUCGCACAACGGCAUGAUUUACUUCCGCGGGACCGAAGACGACUACAGUUGCUGGGAAAGCAAGGGUGCGAAAGGCUGGGGGUAUAAGGAUGUGCUUCCCUUCUUUAAGAAGUCAGAGGACUGCCUUGACCCCGACUUGGCUAAGGACAAGGUGCAUCAUAGUACGGGCGGGCCACUAGCAAUCCAACGAAUGCCAUUCAAGGACGUCAACACGAAUCUAUUGUUAAAAGCCUACGCGGAAUCUGGACUACGGGAAGUUGACUUGAACGGUGGUAACAAUGAGGGUUACGCGUGGUCGCAAACGAACACCAAAAAUGGGCGAAGAGUGAGUUCCAACACAGCGUUUUUGGAGCGACAACGAGCUAACCGUUGCAACCUGCACGUCGUAACUAGUGCCCAAGUGUUUAAAGUGCUCAUCAAUGGUGACACGAAGAGUGCUGAGGGGGUGAUUUUUACUGACAAAGAUGGAAACACUCGCUCAGUCAAGGCUAGAAAAGAGGUGGUGCUGAGCGCAGGGACGUACUUCUCACCUCAGUUGCUCAUGGUGUCAGGAGUAGGGCCGGCUAAGGCUUUAGCUAAAGCUGGUAUUUCUGUGAUCGCUGACUUGCCCGUUGGCAGAAAUCUACAGGACCAUGUCGUGAUGAGAACGAUGCCCACGCUCAAGUUGACGAAGACUGCGCUCGUGCCUACCAUCGAUGACGUCUACAAGGACAUUGAAGAUUUCAACAAGACUGACGGCCCGCGUGGACCGGGGCCCAUUGGUACCAUGGGAACGGACUCAGUCGUCGUGCGGAUGCGCAGCCCCCUCCAGCCUUGGAACGACCGCAGGCCCUACAUCUACAUUCAGCACCCGCCUACCGGCUACCAGAAACCACCGUACUGCGUCGACGGAACAACGUCACCAAACGGAACGUCAAGCUACUACAACUCGGUUAAGCCGUAUGUUGUUCUCUUGCACCCAAAGGACACCGGUGAAGUUACCAUCAACUCAACUAACCCACUUGGGCCGCCAGUUAUUAGGCAGAGGGUUUUCCAAAACCACGAGGAUGUUCGGGCGUAUGCUGCUGGGAUGAGGAGAGCUGUUGAUAUACUUUCUUCAUCAAAGAGUCUCCGAGAAGCGGGCGCAACCUUAAGUAUUGAUGGCGGUGAAUCAUGCAAACACAUUCGAGAGGGAAGUCAGGCCUGGUACGAGUGCCUCGUCAACACUGAGGGUGGAGCCACGUGGGGUCACGGCGUUGGCACGUGCAGCAUCGGCUCCGUAGUGGACUCCAGGCUCCGCGUGCUGGGUGGCGUGCGCAACCUCCGCGUCGCCGAUGCGUCCGUCAUGCCGUGCGUCACAGGCGGCGGCACUAACGGGCCCAGCAUCAUGAUCGGCGAGCGAGCGGCAAACUUUAUCAAACUUGACCACGGCGUGACUUUAUAGUUGCCACCAGGCGACAAUGUUUGAAUUCGCAUCAAUAUCGAGUAUCGAAUUAUCUGCGAGUGGUCGCAUUCUGUUUUCCUGCAAAACCCUACGUCAGACUAUCUCAAUAAAUCAAACUAACGUUUUGA